UGAUUUGCAGAUGGAGUUCGUUCCAACACAACCGAACAAAAGCCCUUGCAUAAAAAAUGGCAUUCAAGUCCAUCCUCGUCCUCGCCCUCGUCGCCCUCGCCGCUGUCUCUUACACCAGUGCCCAGCCAUGUGGUUCCUGUUGUCCAGUGGCACGUAAAACCUGUUGUGUAACUGUGCCCUGCACCACCGGAUGCGGUAACUGCGGAUGCGGAUGCGGUCUCGGAAACUGCGGAUGCGGUCUCGGAAACUGCGGAUGCGGUCUCGGAAACUGCGGAUGCGGACUUGGAAACUGCGGAUGCGGACUCGGAAACUGCGGAUGCGGACUCGGAAACUGCGGAUGCGGUUUCGGCCUCGGAAACUGCGGAUGCGGUUGCGGUCUCGGAAACUGCGGAUGCGGUUGCGGUCUCGGAAACUGCGGUUGUGGUCUCGGAACCUGCGGGUGUGGAAACUUCGGAGGCUGCUGCGGACACAAGACCUGCUGCGUAACCGUUCCCUGUUGCGCAUAAAGCAUCAGCAAUAAAUCUCUAAAGCAAUA